CUUUAUUUACGUUUUUCUUGGGAAGGGACGGCUUUUGACAGGGGAAGAAACAAGGGAGAGAGAAUCACAAGAAAAGGGGAACAACACCCUCAGCUCUUUGCUCUCCCUCUCCUUACCUCUCUCUCUCUCUCUCUCCUCUGGAUCUUCUUCGUUUUCCUCCUCUUGCGCCUUCUUUUCUCUCAAAUUGGCUGGAGAUCCUGCGAACUGUCUGCCGAUUGGGUGUAGUAAUCUUAGUUUCUAAUGGAGCAGCUUGUAAAUUUCAUUAUCCGUCCCCCGAGAGCUGAUUAUAAUCCAAAAAAUGAUUUGCUGGAUCAAGAAUUCAUGUUGAAAGGGAGAUGGUUCAUGAGAAAGGACUUGGAGAUCAAAAAUAGUAGGGGAUAUGUACUUCAAUGCAGUCACUAUGUACCCCUUGAGGUUCCAGAAGGAAAGGCUCUUCCCUGUGUCAUAUAUUGCCAUGGAAACAGUGGGUGCAGGGCGGAUGCUAGUGAAGCUGCUAUUAUAUUACUGCCAUCAAACAUUUCGGUUUUUGCCCUUGAUUUUUCAGGAUCUGGACUAUCAGAAGGGGAGCAUGUCUCUUUGGGAUGGAAUGAAAAAGAUGAUCUUAGGGCUGUGGUAAAUCACUUAAGGACAGAUGCAAAUGUCUCUUGCAUUGGUUUAUGGGGGCGCUCAAUGGGUGCUGUUACGAGUUUGAUGUAUGGAGCUGAAGAUCCAUCCAUUGCAGGAAUGGUUCUUGAUAGCCCAUUUUCGAAUCUUGUGGAGUUAAUGAUGGAGCUAGUUGACACAUACAAAUAUCCCUUACCAAAAUUCACUGUCAAGCUUGCUAUACAACACAUGCGCAAGAUUAUCAAGAGGAAGGCAAACUUUGACAUUAUGGAUCUGGAUGCUAUUCAGCCAGCAAAGUGUUGUUUCGUCCCAGCUUUGUUAGGACAUGCCACUGAUGAUGACUUUAUACAGCCACAUCAUUCAGACCGUAUACAUGAUGCUUAUGCUGGUGACAAGAACAUUAUCAAGUUUGAUGGUGAUCACAACUCCCCGCGUCCACAAUUCUACUUUGAUUCAAUUACAAUUUUUUUCCAUAAUGUUCUAAGUCCUCCAAAGUAUGUUCCUGAUGAGCACUACCUUCAUACUAUGCAUGACUAUUUUGAUCAGGAUAACUGGGAUACUAUCAAUGACAUAGAAUAUAGAAAUCACAGACUUAUAGAACCUGCUCCAGGACUCACAACUAGCAGUACAGAGGAUGCUAUUUCUCAACUUCGUUCCAGAAGACCAAUGAGUCGGAUGGAGGUUCCUUCUGAUAUUUCAUGUUCAGAAAACAUCCAUGGGCCUGAGCAGGAAAAUGGAGGUGAAUCUGAUCUUGGUCCAACUGCUAGACCGUAUGCUGAUGCCCUUCCAAAUGGUCACACCAAUAGCUGGCCUAUUCCAGCCCGAACAGAUGGUGAGUAUGUGGAGUAUUCUCUUGAUGGCUUAUCUGAUAUGCCAACCACUAUUGAAGAUGAAGAGAGGAUGAUUAUGGAAGCAAUAAUUGAGUCCUUAAAAGAUUUGAAACAACAAGGGCAAACCCAGGAAGACGAGCAAUGCUCUGGGAGUUCCUCAUUAUUCGUUCCUCCAGCUUCUAUUCCAGCAUCAAAUGAACUGUCAGAUGCUGAGGGCUCCAGUUCCGCCAUUACAAACAUCAAAACAUCUACAGAACCUGCUUUGGAGAUGACAGAAUCCGGCGAGACCGAGCCAUUAAUCUCUGAGAAAUGUGCCUGUUCAAAGGACAUUUCCGGCGAUGAUAAGAGUUCUGCAGGUGGAAGUAGCUCAGGCCAAGACACUGAGAUGGCAGCUGGUACGCGGGCCACCUUGGUGGUGCAAAAGAAUCCAACAAACCCGGCAAGCAAUGUCAUGGAAGGAUUGGCCCAACGGUGGGGUAAUCUAUUCAGAAACAGUAGAUAAUACCUGCUGAUUUUGUCAAAGUUUUAUUAAUUGCUUACGUUCUUGGUGACAUUUUUUCUUCUUGUCGGAGUCUUUUGAAGUCUGAGGCGCUGCUUUUGCUGCAAAUUCUUGAUGUCGCGUGUGUUUUUUGUAAAGGAAAAAAAGAUGGGGUCCGUUUUUUUUUUUUUUUUUUUUUGUAUAUAUACCAUAGCCAUUAUUGGGUGCUUGACAUGUUUUGAGUUUUCUGGUAUCGCUUGAAUUUCUGAACGUCUGGAAUCCAAGUCCUUGAUUCAUCCCAUCCUAUCUUGUGUGCGGAUUUGGAUCACAGUAAACUGUUGUAUGGUUGUACUUCCGUUCAUCAACAUGCAUAUAUGAUGAAAUAAUUCGGUGUAUCGCAUGAA